CUUUUACUUGCUAAUUCCUGAGGUGAACAGAUUUUGAAGGAUGAGUGAACUGGAACAGUUGAGGCAGGAAGCAGAACAACUGCGGAAUCAGAUCCAGGAUGCUAGGAAAGCAUGUAAUGAUGCAACGCUUGUUCAGGUCACAUCGAAUAUGGACUCUGUGGGUCGAAUACAAAUGCGAACAAGACGUACAUUGAGGGGUCACCUAGCUAAAAUCUAUGCCAUGCAUUGGGGAUAUGAUUCAAGGCUACUGGUCAGUGCUUCCCAAGAUGGAAAAUUAAUUAUUUGGGAUAGCUAUACCACAAAUAAGAUGCAUGCUAUUCCCUUGAGGUCCUCCUGGGUGAUGACCUGUGCUUAUGCUCCCUCUGGUAAUUACGUUGCUUGUGGAGGCUUGGACAACAUCUGCUCUAUAUAUAACUUAAAAACCAGAGAGGGAAACGUGAGAGUGAGCCGAGAGUUGCCAGGUCACACAGGCUACUUGUCCUGCUGUCGUUUUUUAGAUGACAGCCAAAUUGUUACAAGUUCAGGAGAUACAACUUGUGCUUUAUGGGACAUUGAAACUGCCCAGCAAACCACUACAUUCACUGGGCAUUCUGGAGAUGUGAUGAGUCUUUCUCUGAGUCCUGACAUGAGGACUUUUGUUUCUGGAGCUUGUGAUGCCUCUUCCAAAUUAUGGGAUAUUCGAGAUGGAAUGUGUAGACAGUCUUUCACAGGACAUCUCUCAGAUAUUAAUGCUGUCAGUUUUUUCCCAAAUGGAUAUGCCUUUGCCACUGGCUCUGAUGAUGCCACUUGCCGGCUCUUUGACCUUCGUGCAGACCAAGAGCUAUUAUUGUAUUCACAUGAUAAUAUCAUCUGUGGAAUCACUUCUGUAGCCUUCUCAAAAAGUGGGCGCCUCCUGUUAGCUGGUUAUGAUGACUUUAAUUGCAAUGUAUGGGACACACUAAAAGGAGAUCGUGCAGGUGUUCUUGCUGGUCAUGACAAUCGUGUCAGCUGUUUAGGUGUAACUGAUGAUGGCAUGGCUGUGGCAACAGGUUCUUGGGACAGUUUUCUUAGAAUCUGGAAUUAACAGUGUCAUAUAUUUCCUGUUCUCCAAUGAUAUCUGGGGAAAUAAAUGCUACAGCCUAUAGCUGUGAAAAAAAAUUCUACCUUAUAUUUGCAGGUGAAGAUUUUUCUAUUGGGAUUAUUAUGUAUAAAAAGAAGCUUUCAGCAAUCUACAAAAAAAAGUGAAAAAGAAAAAAAACCAAGGCAAAGGUGCCUGCUGAGAUCAAAAGGACCAGUGAAUUAAUUUGAGGAGUUGGGUUAAUUUAACCUUGAUGAAUUUUUGCUUGUACUCAGAGUCUAACAGUUAUUUUCUUUGUGUAGAACAGAAUGUACACAUUAUAGCAGCUUAUCACAGUGUGUUUGCAUUUUUUAAGAAAUACAUUUUAAAAUUUGUAUACACAAGAAAUGUCACAUUUUUGAAUUUUGUAAUGGAAGAACCAGGCACAGUAAUAUAUGGAAGUGAUACUAUAUGUGUGUGUACUUAUGUUUGAAGAAAGUCCCCUUGAAUUCUGACAUUCCUUUUUAAUCUAAAAGAAAUCCUAAUGGCUUAAUGUUAGAAUGUUGAUAGGCUGGGUACCUCUGAGGAGGAGUCAUUAGUUUCUUCUGAAUCUUUUGCCAUAUUGUCAAUCUAAAUGAGUGCUUAUUUUUAGUCCUUUGAAGUGACAAAUAAUCAGAAGGCCAGAGAAAAGAGAUUUCACGCUGACAUUUUAGACAUGCAUAAGAAAAUUCAUUAGAAUUUAUUAUAUUAAUAAAAAGUAGAUAAUAAUAGCAUAUAAGUGAUUUUUGGUGCUUUAAAAGGCUGACUGUGAUCAGUUGACACUUUGAGUAGCCCUCUAUACAGUUGGACUUUCCUGUUCAUUUCACAUCCUGGAACUAAGUUUGUAGAGUGUACUCAUAUUUCAGAAGUUUCAUAAACAUUUGUUUGGAUGGUCCCUGCUUCUAAAGACUCUUUCCCAGUGUGCUCUAUCAAUAUAUGUCUGGAUAGGAAAUAUAUAGUGUGACUGUGUUACAUUUUUGAAAGAAGUGUCAAAUCUAACCAAUUGCUAGCACUCGUUUGUUAUAAUUGUAAUAAGGUGACUUUAUGAAUUUUAUGUUCAUUAAUAUAAAAUCUGAAUUGAUUUAUAAAA